ACACAACACACAUACCACAGACACUACACUUGCUGUCAGUCAGACUCGAGUCAGUGAUUGAAAUCCAGUUUAGAUUGAAAUCCAUUGCUGUUUGUUAAGAGUAUAUCACUACCAAUGAGUGAAACACAGACUGCAGGCGCGGCCGCCACUCCCGCCGCCAAGGCUUCGGCCAAGAAGAAGACCACCAAAGCCUCGUCGGCCAAGAAGGCGAAGGCGCCAUCAAACCACCCGAAGUACGUGGAUAUGGCUAUCAGUGCCAUCAAAGCACUCAAAGAGCGCAACGGAUCCAGUCGUCAGGCGGUCCACAAGUACAUAUUGGGUCACUUCAGUGUGGGAACUGAUGUGAAAGCCGUCAACUCUCACCUGAAACAGGCCCUCAAGAGGGGUGUGGCCAGCGGUGCACUGAAGCACGUGAAGGGUCAGGGGGCGUCCGGGUCUUUCAAACUGGCCGAAGCAACUGCUGCUAAGAAACCCGCGGCUAAGAAACCAAAGGCCGCCUCAAAACCAAAGGGCGAGAAGAAGGCAAAGAAGGCCUCAAAUCCCAAACCCAAGAAGUCUUCGCCUAAGAAAGCGGCCAAACCUAAGAAGGCGGCCGCCAAGAAGGCCGCGGCGCCCGCAGCCGCUUCUGCCGCACCCGCAGCUGCCGCUCCUAAGGCCGCGGCG